AUGUCACUUUCAUUUCCAAGCAUGUUCUCCCUCGAAGGGAGGACUGCUGUGAUAACAGGUGGCACAAGAGGUAUUGGUGCCGCCAUGGCGGUUGCAUUAGCGGAAGCAGGAGCAGAUAUCAUUUUGGUGCAGAGAGACACGAGCAACAUACAAACCAAAACGGCGAUCGAAAGCCUCUCGCGCAAAGCAACCAUCUACACGGCGGAUCUCAGCUCGCAGAACGAAGUGUCAGGUCUCGCCGCGAAGAUCCUAGCCGACGGGCACGACGUGUCCAUCCUCGUGACCUGCGCAGGGAUCCAGCGGCGGCACCCAGCGCAUGAGUUCCCGCUCAGCGACUGGGAGGAAGUGCUGCAAGUCAACCUUUCCACCGUGUUCACGUUGUGCAGAGAUUUUGGAGCGUACAUGCUCAAGCGGCCAGGCCCGCACCGCGGCUCGAUCAUCAACGUCGCCAGCCUCGUGUCCUUCCAGGGCGGGCUGACCGUGCCUGCGUACGCGAGCGCCAAAGGCGGCGUCGCGCAGCUUACCAAGGCGCUCAGCAACGAGUGGGCUAGCCAGGGGAUCAAUGUCAAUGCCAUCGCGCCGGGAUAUAUCCAGACGGACAUGAAUGAGGCGCUGAUCAAGAAUGAGACUCGUGCGAGGCAGAUCCUCGAGAGGAUCCCCAUGGGGAGAUGGGGUGAAGCGGAGGACUUUAAGGGCCCGGUGGUUUGGUUGGCAAGCAGGGCCAGUGCCUAUGUCAGUGGGGAGAUUGUUACUGUUGAUGGGGGUUGGAUGGGGAGGUAG